UUUAUUUUCACAGCUUUUUAAACUGGAGGAUAGCAGAACGGCAUGUCAGAGGAGCUUAAGGUGCUGCUGAAGGUGUGAGGAGCAGAUCUUACCAUGGAACGAUGGAUAUAUUUAUUCCCUUUGUUUGCCCUCUGCAAUAUUUGCAAGGCACAAGGCAAUACUACUCAACCAGUGUGCAUAUGCUCAUAUCCUGCCACCACAAUUACCUCAGCUUUCACCACUACAACUCCAUCUACAAGCACCAUGGCUAGUGUUGCAACCACUACCACUAAUGCAACAUCUACUGCUCUCUCACCCACAACUCUGACUACUACAACUCAAAUUACUAGUACUAGCAGUACGGUCCCAACAAGCACAACUGCUGCAGCAUCUACUGCAGCCUCAUCCACAACAACUACUGCAACUACAAGUAGUGCUACAACAACCACUGCAACAACAAUAUCUGCAUGUGCACAAGCAUCUGUGUCUAUUCAGCUGGUCCAAGUGUCUAGUGAUCAAAUCCAGCUCAUGCCUAUUGGUCAAAAUGGACCAACUGGAGCUCAGUUCAACGUGACACUGUCACAGAGCAAUUCAGUUGUAAAUUUUAGCACAACAACAUCAGGUUCUGUGGUCACUUUUCCCAGCCUGCUUCCUUCCACUCAAUAUAACAUCACUGUGAAGCAAUUGUCUUGUCCGAAUAGAAAUGAUACCAGCAACAAUGUCACCACAGAUGGAAAAGUAAUUGUUGCAGCAAUCAGGAUACAGCAAAAUUUUACUUCUGCUCUCAGCAAUACAAGCAGCCCAGAGUACAUAGACUUUCAAACUAGAUUCCUUGAAGAUCUGAUAAGUAAUUUGCCGGCUGAAAUGCAGGCCUUGAUUAAAGCGGGGAAAAUUCACAUUAACAUAAACGGUCUCAGGAACGGCAGUAUCAUCGUUGACUUUACCAUAGCCAUUAGUACAGCUGAUAAUGUGACGGCGAGCAACGUGUCAGAUUCAUUCUCCACCGCACUCAGCAACAGCACCGCCUACCCUGUCGACAUAACGUCCCUCAAUUUUACAGUGCAAAAUGCAUGUGAUCCUUCAGUAAAUCCGUGUUCUGUUUAUGCCAACUGUACGUCCCUCAAUGGAACAGCCACCUGCCAGUGUAGGUCUGGGUUUAAUGACACCAGUCCAAAUGUUCCCGGAAAAACCUGUGUAGAUGUAGAUGAGUGUUCUGCUAAUUCCAGCAUUUGCUCAAGUCUAGCAACUUGCACCAACACCAUAGGAAGUUAUCAGUGCCAGUGCCAACCUGGAACACAAGAUGGAAACCCUUCAAACCCUGGACAACAAUGCAGUAUGGUCACAAAUACAACAACUGCUGCAGCAUCUACUGCUUCCUCAGCCACAACAACUACUACAGCUCAGCCUACAAGCACCACUUCUACUGUUCCAACAACCACUGCAACUCCAACUACUGCAGCUCAGCCUACAAGCACCACUUCUACUGUUCCAACAACCACUGCUUCCUCAGCCGCAACAACCACUGCAACUCCAACUACUACAGCUCAGCCUACAAGCACCACUUCUACUGUUCCAACAUCUACUGCUUCCUCAGCCGCAACAACCACUGCAACUCCAACUACUACAGCUCAGCCUACAAGCACCACUUCUACUGUUCCAACAUCUACUGCUUCCUCAGCCGCAACAACCACUGCAACUCCAACUACUACAGCUCAGCCUACAAGCACCACUUCUACUGUUCCAACAUCGACUUCUUCCUCAGCUGCAACAACCACUGCAACUCCAACUACUACAGCUCAGCCUACUAGCACCACUUCUACUGUUCCAACAUCUACUGCUUCUUCAGCCGCAACAACCACUGCAACUCCAACAACUACAGCUCAGCCUACAAGCACCACUUCUUCUGUUCCAACAUCUACUGCUUCCUCAGCCGCAACAACCACUGCAACUCCAACUACUACAGCUCAGCCUACAAGCACCACUUCUACUGUUCCAACAUCUACUGCUUCCUCAGCUGCAACAACCACUGCAACUCCAACUACUACAGCUCAGCCUACUAGCACCACUUCUACUGUUCCAACAUCUACUGCUUCCUCAGCCACAACAACCACUGCAACUCCAACUACUACAGCUCAGCCUACAAGCACCACUUCUACUGUUCCAACAUCUACUGCUUCCUCAGCCGCAACAACCACUGCAACUCCAACUACUACAGCUCAGCCUACAAGCACCACUUCUACUGUUCCAACAUCUACUGCUUCCUCAGCCGCAACAACCACUGCAACUCCAACUACUACAGCUCAGCCUACAAGCACCACUUCUACUGUUCCAACAUCUACUGCUUCCUCAGCCGCAACAACCACUGCAACUCCAACUACUACAGCUCAGUCUACAAGCACCACUACUUCUGUUCCAACAACUACUUCAUCUAUUACAACAUCUACUACCUCCUCAGCCACAACAACUACUACAACACCGACUACUACAGCUCAGCCUACAAGCACUACAUCUUCUGUUCCAACAACUACUUCAUCUAUUCCAACAUCUACUGCUUCCUCAGCCACAACAACUACUACAACACCAGCUACUACAGCUCAGCCUACAAGCACCACUUCUUCCGUUCCAACAACUAUUUCCUCUGCUCAAACAUCAACUGCUUCCUCAGCCACAACUACUAUAACACCAACCACUACAGCUCAGCUUACAAGCACCACAUCUUCUGUUCCAACAACAACUUCAUCUGUUCAAACAUCUACUGCUUCCACAGCCACAACAACUACUACAACACUGACUACUACAGCUCAGCCUACAAGCACCACUUCUUCUAUACCAACAACUACUUCAUCCACUGCCACAUCUACUGCUUCCCCAGCCACAACUACUACAACACCGACUACUACAGCUCAGUCUACAAGCACCACUUCUUCUGUUCCAACUACAACUAGUACUGCAACAACCACUGCAACAACCACCACAACAACGUUAUCUGCAUGCGCACAAGCAACUGUGUCUAUUCAGCUGGUCCAAGUGUCUAAUGAUCAAAUCCAGCUCAGGCCUAUUGGUCAAAAUGGACCAAAUGGAGCUCAGUUCAACGUGACAUUGUCACGGAGCAAUUCAGUUGUAAAUGUUAGCACAACAACAUCAGGUUCCGUGGUCAUAUUUUCCAGCCUGCUUCCUUCCACUCAAUAUAGCAUUGCCGUGAAGCAACUAUCUUGUCCAAGCAGAGCUGAUAGCAUCAACAAUGUUACCACAGAUGGAAAAGUAUUUGUUGCAGCAAUCAGGAUACAGCAAAAUUUUACUUCUGCUCUCAGCAAUACAAGCAGCCCGGAGUACACAGACUUUCAAACUAGAUUCCUUGAAGAUCUGAGAAGUAAUUUGCCGGCUGAAAUGCAGGCCUUGAUCAAAGCAGGGAAAAUGCGCAUUAACAUAAACGGUCUCAGGAAUGGAAGUAUCAUCGUUGACUUUACCAUAGCCAUUAGUACAGCUGAUAAUGUGACGGUGAGCAACGUGUCAGAUUCAUUCUCCACCGCACUCAGCAACAGCACCGCCUACCCUGUCGACAUAACGUCCCUCAAAUUAGCAGUACAAGAUCCGUGUGAUCCUUCAGUAACUCAAUGUUCUGCUUAUGCCAACUGUACGUCCCUCAAUGGAACACCCAUCUGCCAGUGUAGGUCUGGGUUUAAUGACACCAGUCCAAGUGUUCCUGGAAGAACCUGUGUAGAUGUAGAUGAGUGUUCUGCUAAUUCCAGCAUUUGCUCAAGUCUAGCAAACUGCACCAACACCAUAGGAAGUUAUCAGUGCCAGUGCCAACCUGGAACACAAGAUGGAAACCCUUCAAACCCUGGCCAACAAUGUACUAUGGUCACAAAUACAACAACUGCUGCAGCAUCUACUGCUCCCUCAACAACAGCUGCUACUGCACCAGUGAAUACUACAACUCUACCUCCCAACAAUUCCACUGUAGUCACAAAUACGUCUGCUGCAACAUCUACCACACCAUCAUCCAAUGCAACUACUGUAGCAAUGAAUACUACAACUUUACCUCCAAGCAACACCACUACAGUAGCAAAUACAUCUGCUGCAAACGCCACCACUCCUUCAUCUAACACAACUACUGUAGCAAUGAAUACUACAACUCUACCUCCAAGCAACACCACUACAGUAGCAAAUACAACUGCUGCAAACACCACCACUCCUUCAUCUAACGCAACUACUGUAGCAAUGAAUACUACAACUCUACCUCCAAGCAACACCACUACAGUAGCAAAUACAUCUACUGCAAACUCCACCACUCCUUCAUCUAACACAACUACUGUAGCAAUGAAUACUACAACUCUACCUCCAAGCAACACCACUACAGUAGCAAAUACAUCUGCUGCAAACUCCACCACUCCUUCAUCUAACACAACUACUGUAGCAAUGAAUACUACAACUCUACCUCCAAGCAACACCACUACAGUAGCAAAUACAACUGCUGCAAACACCACCACUCCUUCAUCUAACACAACUACUGUAGCAAUGAAUACUACAACUCUACCUCCAAGCAACACCACUACAGUAGCAAAUACAUCUACUGCAAACUCCUCCACUCCUUCAUCUAACACAACUACUGUAGCAAUGAAUACUACAACUCUACCUCCAAGCAACACCACUACAGUAGCAAAUACAACUGCUGCAAACACCACCACUCCUUCAUCUAACACAACUACUGUAGCAAUGAAUACUACAACUCUACCUCCAAGCAACACCACUACAGUAGCAAAUACAACUGCUGCAAACGCCACCACUCCUUCAUCUAACACAACUACUGUAGCAAUGAAUACUACAACUCUACCUCCAAGCAACACCACUACAGUAGCAAAUACAACUGCUGCAAACUCCACCACUCCUUCAUCUAACACAACUACUGUAGCAAUGAAUACUACAACUCUACCUCCAAGCAACACCACUACAGUAGCAAAUACAACUGCUGCAAACUCCACCACUCCUUCAUCUAACACAACUACUUUAGCAAUGAAUACUACAACUCUACCUCCAAGCAACACCACUACAGUAGCAAAUACAACUGCUGCAAACUCCACCACUCCUUCAUCUAACACAACUACUGUAGCAAUGAAUACUACAACUGUACCUCCAAGCAACACCACUACAGCAGCAAAUACAUCUGCUGCUACCACUCCCUCAUCCAACACAACUACUGUAGCUACUGCAGUCACAAAUACAUCCACUGCUCCCUUAUCCACAACUACUACAUCACUGAAUAAUACAACUCAGCUUACAAAUACAACUACUACAAUCCCCACAUCUUCAACGGCAACAUCUGCUACUACCGCAGUCUCAACACAGACCACAACCAGCACAUCAACAAUCACUCUCACUUCCACUACAGCGACCACCACAAUAAAUUCUGCAUGUGCACAAGCAACCGUAUCUAUUCAGCUUUUAAAAGUGUCCAGUGAUGAAAUCCAGCUCGUGCCUAUUGGUCAAAAUGGACCGGCAGGAGCUCAGUUCAAUGUGACGCUGUCACAGAGCAACUCAGUUCUAGACGUUAAAACAACUUCUGGUUCCACUGUCGUAUUUUCCACACUGUCUCCUUCCAAUCAAUAUGACAUCAUUGUGAAGCAACUGUCUUGUCCAAACAGAGCUGAUACUACCAGCAGUGUUACCACCGAUGGAAAAUUAUUUGCUGUAGAAGUUCGGAUAAAAAAUACUCAAUUUACUACUGAAAUGAGCAAUAAAAGCAGCAAAGCUUACAAAGAUUUUGAAGCUAACUUCACGGCAGAUAUAAAGAAUAACUUGCCGUCGGACACUAAGACCUUGUUUAAUACUGGGAAAAUGCGCAUUUUUCUGAACAGUCUUAAGAACGGAAGCAUCAUCGCCGACUUUUCCAUAGCCACAAAUACGGCGGAUAACCUGACGCUGACCAACGUGACUCAGUCUUUCAAAAGUGCACUCGACAACAGCUCUACUUUUACUGUUGACCCAGCCUCUUACACGUUUAAAGUGCAAAACGCUUGUGAUGCUUCAGUAAAUCCAUGUUCUGCAAAUGCCACCUGCACUUCCCUCAUUGGAGUAGCCAGCUGCCAGUGCAAUUCUGGUUUUAAUGACACCAGUCCAAGUGUUCCUGGAAAAACCUGUGUUGAUAUAGAUGAGUGUGCCGCCAGUCCCAGCCCUUGCCCAGCUCUAACCUUCUGCACCAACACCAUAGGAAGUUAUCAGUGCCAGUGUUUGCCUGGGAUACUAGAUGGAAACUCUUCAAAGCCUGGCCAACAAUGUAUUGACCCAACGUCAUGCUUUAACAGCUCCACAGUCUGCUCCCAGAACACCACCUGCCUCGACACCAGAGACACCAUUUGUACAAAUAAAAAAGUCAUUCCUUCCGCGAUAAAGUUCAACAGUUGGACAUUUACUACAGACCUGUACAACCGCUCCAGUGCCAGCUAUGCCAAUACAUCAGCACAGUUCACAGGGAGUGUGGUAAGUGCGAUGAGAGUGGCGCUAAGUGACAGCACCUUCAAUAUCACCGUGGUUGGCUUCAGACCUGGAAGUGUCAUCGCCUACUUUAUGUGUACAACUAAUUUGACCACUCUCGAUACAAACGCAAUGCAGGCCAAUCUCACCAAUGUAACAAAGGCCCUGAUAUCCAGUAAUAUUACAAACCUGUUCCAAAAUGCUUGUGAUCCUUCAGUAAAUCCAUGUUCUGUAAAUUCCACCUGCACAUUCCUCAAUGGAACAGUCUCCUGCCAGUGCAAAUCAGGGUUUAAUGAUACCAAUCCAAGUCUUCCUGGAAGAAACUGCAUAGAUAUAGAUGAGUGUGCUGCCAGUACCAGCCCUUGCUCAAAUCUUGCCUCCUGCACCAACACCAUAGGAAGUUUUCAGUGCCAGUGCUACCCUGGCAUACAAGAUGGAAACUCUUCAAAUCCUGGGAAACAAUGUAUAGACGCAGCAGUAUGCUUUAACAGCACCACACUGUGCUCCAGCAAUAGCACUUGCCUCGACUCCAAAGACACCAUAUGUGCAAAUAAAAAAGUCAUUCCUUCCGCGAUAAAGUUCAAUGACUGGACCUUUACUACAGACCUGUACAACCAAUCCAGCGCCGCCUACGCCAGCAGAGCAGCUCAGUUCACAGGGAGUGUGGUAAGUGCCAUGAGAGUGAAGCUAAGUGACAGCACCUUCAAUAUCACCGUGGUUGGCUUCAGACCUGGAAGUGUCAUCGCCUACUUUAUAUCCACAACUCAGUCGUCCACUCUUGAUACCAACACGAUCCAGGCUGCUCUCACCGAUGUAGUGAAGCUCUUGAUAUCCAGUAACAUUACUAAUAUGGUGAUUCUAAAUACUGAUGCAUCAAGCAGUUCAGACCCAUACUACGGCUGGAGAACAGCCAUUAUUGUCAUUGGUGUGUUUUUGGGAGUCGCUGUGCUCUUGGCUGCGGUGAUUGGCUUAGUAUGUUAUCACUCCAGGCACAGAUUCGGCAGGUACAAACCCAGCGUUAACAGUAGCGACAUUAUCCAGAGAUACUCCACUCACUAAUUUAUAAGGGAUUCUCCUUCUACCCCUGCCUAAAUGUAUUUAUUUCUGUAUCACUAUUUUGAAUUAUACUCAAUCCGAUAUAAUAAUUUUAUCAUUUUUUUCUAUAUUUUUUUUAAUAUGCUAAUUUUUGCUCUGCACUCUAUACGCCGUGAAUGUAUUACAGACAAAUAAAAUGUUACUCACA